GAUCUGCAGCAAAUAGGACAUAGAUAAUUAUGAACUACACAAACACGUGCAAUCUGUGUAUAUAAAACAGUGAAUAAUCAAACGUUCAUUAUAAACUACAGUCCCUGUCUUUGGUGAAACCAUGAUGUCGUCUGUAAUGCUAUUCGUGAGUCUCUGCAUGGUCCUGAUGGAGGUUAUCCCAUCAUCACAACUAAAAACUGAGGAUAAUGAAUUGUUCGCCUUCCUAGAUGGGAAAUCAGGAGACGGGCCGCCUGGUAAACGAGAUGUGAGUUUUGAUAGGCAAUCAGGAGACGGGCCGCCUGGUAAACGAGAUGUGAGUUUUGAUAGGCAAUCAGGAGACGGGCCGCCUGGUAAAAGAGAUGUGAGUUUUGAUAGGCAAUCAGGAGACGGGCCGCCUGGUAAAAGAGAUGUGAGUUUUGAUAGGCAAUCAGGAGACGGGCCGCCUGGUAAACGAGAUGUGAGUUUUGAUAGGCAAUCAGGAGACGGGCCGCCUGGUAAACGAGAUGUGAGUUUUGAUAGGCAAUCAGGAGACGGGCCGCCUGGUAAACGAGAUGUGAGUUUUGAUGGGCAAUCAGGAGACGGGCCGCCUGGUAAAAGAGAUGUGAGUUUUGAUGGACAAUCAGGAGACGGGCCGCCGGGUAAACGAGAUGUGAGUUUUGAAAUAGUUAACGACAAGGGCAGACUGGUGCACUGAGAGGAUUGUUGGCCUCCGUCAUCGUGCAGAGACGUUAGUACUGUAGCAGCUCAAGAUUGGCCUUGGGUCGCAGCUCUAAGGCCACAUUCUGCUUGUUUGUACUUUGCCUUGUUUUAUGAAAUUUGUGAAUAGUUCUGUUUACGA